UUGAUGACCGUGAGGACGUUUUCCAGGGAGGUGGCAGUGAGUGGCUUGACUGCUCAUUGAAAGAAAGAAUAAACGGAAUCCGCGCAGACGUAGUUGCGGAAGGAUGGCAGCCUUCAUGGAGGACACGCUGCCUGUGGAGGAAAGGGAGUUUCAGAAGACUAUAGCGUUGGUCGGAGGUAAAGAGAGGAUUCAUUUGGUGAGUGAUGCCUGUAUAAGUAAAGAGGUGGACGUGGAUGACCCUGGAUUACUGCAGGAGUUCAUCCGUGACAUGUUUCACAACAGCAGCCCGACGAGCAACAACGGACAGCUCCAAACCUCUCCGUCAGGCAGCCACGGCGAAACGGCAAGUGCAAACCCCAUUUGCGGCAAGACUGAGACGAAAAGCAAUGAAAUACCUCUAUUAGCGAGGCCCAAGGAUUUGGAUAUGAGAGCCUGUCCGGUGGGAGAGGACGGGGAGAAAGAAAAUCGGCCAACGUGCAAUGGCAACGCUCAGAAAACAGCAUGGAGGAGAGCAAACAUUUACAGCCUAAAGCGAACUAUAGACUCUCCUAUCAUCAUAUUCAUCUUCAGACAGACAUUUCUCAGCAAACGUUCCAACGAAAUGUGCUUAAAAGAGACGUUGAAGGACGUAAAGGCACGCACGAAACGUGCCAUAAUCGCCAGACCAGCUCUGAUUGGAUUAAUACGCACCAGAGAGGAGAGCGCCGAGACGCAUCAGUGUGCGCAACUCCUGGAGUGUCUGAUCCGCUCUGUGUUUCACAAACAGUCACCAGAAACGAUAUGGGUCGGCUGUUUCAUCCCGAGUACAGAGGACAAAAUGCUCAGCAUCAAGAAAAACGCCUGCAAAGUUAUAUACUCAUCUCAAACAGCAGAUAAUACCAGGGAUAGAGGGAACCCGCUUUUCUGGCCAUUCCAAUGUUUUCUCAGGGCUCAUAGAGGAGACCAGGCCAACAACUCUUCAACCGGCAGGCAAAGAGGUGACACUGGAAGUAAAGAGGAAGGCAUCCCUCUGAAAACAAUGUCCUUGUCUGCUGGCCCUCACGUGGAUGGAGGGGACAGCUGAUAUCAUGACACACCUGCAGCUGCAGGCAUAUCACAGCAGACAAUCCUACGGUCUUAACUGUGAAGAACAAGUUUGCGUCACGGUGGGACAAAGCCUUACUACAUGUUACAAUUUUUCUUCAUAGUGUUCACUAUUCUCAUUGCUGAGCCAACAUGAUUCUUGUCCUGAAGCAAUAUGUUGCUAAAUAGUCAAAUCUGUUGCCAUCUUGCUGGUGUACACACUGUCUCUGAUGUACAAUUGUUAGUCAUAAAGGGAUUUACUGUGGACGUUUGGUUUAGUCAUAUGAACUAUAUUACAUAAUUUAACACCAUUCUUUAAGGCCUGGAUAGAGAUUUAUCGGUUAGAACAUGUUGAAACUGCAAUAUGGCUAGGCAAAAGCAAAAGUACUCCUUUUAACAUGAUCAAGUACAGGGCUGGAUUACCAAUUGUCGUGGAAAUUUAUCAUAUAGUCUUCUUAAAUUUUAUCUUUAUAGGGUUGUUUGGCCUUACAGUCACUAACCCUGUAUUUUCUCACAGUUGUAAUACACAUGUCUGAUGUCCCUGUGUCUGCUAGCGUUUGACAGACAGUAAGGCAUCACUUUGACUAUUGUCAGGCAAUUAGAAGAUAGAUGCUAACAGGUGUAAUUAACAUGUGUGAUGUCUCUGUGACUUUUGUUCCCAUCUGGUACACAGAAAUGUAUAUUACUUGAUUACAUUAUAUUACAGUUCAUUUAGCUGACGCUUUUGUCCAAAGCUUUUUUCCAAUCCUCAUACUGAUCCUCCCCAAGCAACUCUACUAUAUAAAUGACUUGUGUUUCUUGUUACUCAUGGUCAGAUACGUGUAGCACACGUUGCAGGUUAUCUGUCCUUUCAGCUGAAACUGAUUUAAUUAUGUUAAAACACUUUUGACCGUUCAUUAAAUAACACCAAAGCUCUAACUCCUUUAUUAGGUCAUUGCUUGCCGGAAGGCGAUUCAUUUGUGAAUUGCCACCACACCAACUAGCCCCAGAACUCCAUUGCUCUUAAAAGGACCAGGUUUAUUGUGUGUCAUCUGGAAUAUACAUCACCAAAACACAACAUCAACGGACAUAUUAAGGGCCUAAAGUGAAGUCCUGUUUCAUUAGUAGAGCCUGCAGCAUCUUCUUCCUUUCCACCCUUAGACGACAUAGAAGGUUAAUCCAGCCAUAGUUAAGCAAUGUGAAUCUUUUAAUUUUUUCCUUGUUCAUUUAUUAGAAUUGUGUGCCUUAGAUGAUUUCUAUUGGCAAUUGCACUACAUUUGCAAUAAAAAUAGAUGAAACCACUUUUUACUUUUUAAGUAUUUAUGUAGGCUACUGGUCUGUACAUUCAAAUAUAUGUGUAAAUAAACAUAUUUAAUGUUGUGCCAUUGUGACA